CAUGUUUAGAGGAAGGAUGGCUCAGGGUGGAAUUACAGAGACAUUCUUCUCCAGCAUCUUUAAUUAGCAGCAGUGAGAGCUCCGAAUGAAGCACUUCUCUGUCAGUCCUACAUUGAACAUACCGGCUGCACCACCUCUCUUUGAAUGCCGGCAGCAGCUUUCAGGACCAAGGCAGCUGAACAGCGCCCUUCCAUCUACUUACAGUAACUACCCUUUGUGUCCUUAUCACCUGCCUGCCAAGUCAGUUGGAACCUGUGUGGAUCAAGGAAAAGCAUGGCAAGCAGCUGCUCUCACUAGGAAUUGUGUGCCCAGAUCAAGGCGGAGCAUGGUGUGGAUAGUAUUGUGGGGAACCCAUCAGCUCAUAAAAAAGGUAAAUGGAAGAUCUAGAAACAAACACAUUACAGACCCGGAAAGGACAUCGCAUAGAACAGAUGGUAGUAAGAUGGCUACGAAGAUCAAGAGAUAACACAUCAUGCAGCAGGAACUCUACAGGUGAUGGCCCAAUUGCAAUACGCAAUCAGUCCUCCUGCUCCUUAAAGAUUACUGUAGUGAUAGAGAAAGAUCUGCUUCUUGGCAGUUAUGGCUUUGACAUCUCUCAAAAUCCUCCCCUUACUGUCACAGCUGUCACUGCAGGCAGUACAGCUGAAGGAAAACUUUUACCAGGUGAUCAAAUACUCAGAAUCAAUGGUGAAAAUGUGGAAAAUAUGCCUGCUGAGCAAGUGGCAAACAUUGUCAGGGAAUCUGUGGACUCUGUUACCAUGACUGUUCUUCAAAAUACUUUGAGCCCCAAAUCAUCAUUUCUUACAACGGAGAAACGAGCAAAGUUGAGGAGCAAUCCGGUGAAAGUAAGGUUUGCAGAGGAAAUCAUUGUAAAUGGUCACACUCAGGGCAACUCUCUUCUCUUCAUGCCCAAUGUACUCAAGGUUUAUUUAGAAAAUGGGCAAACAAAGGCAUUUAAAUUUGAGAAAAAAACAACAGUAAAGGAUAUCAUCUUGACCCUGAAAGAGAAGCUUUCAAUCAAUAGCAUUGAACACUUUGCACUAGCUUUGGAAGAGCAGUACAACAUUUCUAAGGUUUUCCUUCUCCACGAGGAUGAAUUAAUUGAACAGGUGGUGCAAAAAAAAGAAUCUCACAACUACAGGUGCCUCUUCAGAGUCUGUUUUGUACCCAAGGACCCAUUUCAACUACAGCAGGAGGAUCCCAUUGCCUUUGAAUACCUCUAUUUACAGAGCUGCAGCGAUGUGCUUCAAGAAAGAUUUGCGGUGGAAAUGAAAUGUAGUGUAGCUCUGUGUUUGGCUGCCCUGCAUAUCCAAGAGCGCAUUCAUACUUGUGGUCAGCCACAAAAGAUAUCUUUCAAAUAUAUAGAGAAGGACUGGGGAAUAGACAACUUCUUAUCUCCAACUCUACUCCGCAGCAUUAAAGGAAAAGACAUAAAAAAAGCCAUUAGUUUUCAUAUGAAGAGAAACCAGUGCAUUCUUGAGCCAAGACAAAAACAACCAGUAUCUGCCUCACAAGUUAGGCUAAACUAUUUAAGGAUACUUGGAGAUCUAAAGACGUAUGGAGGAAAAAUAUUCUAUGCAACUUUAAUGCUGCAGGACAGAGAAUCUUAUGUCACCCUACUUGUGGGAGCCAAGUAUGGCAUCAGUCAGAUAAUUAACAACAAACUAAACAUCAUGACAUGCUUAGCAGAAUUUUCCAACAUUAGCAGAAUUGAGUUAAAUGCUGAGUCAGAGAAAGUGAGCAUGGUAAAAGUCUACCUGCAGGAUGUCAAGCCACUUAAUUUGCUCCUAGAAUCAAACAAUGCCAAGGAUAUUGCUUGUCUAAUUUAUGGAUAUUGCAAGUUGUUUGUAGAUUCCUGUACUACCAUAUUUCGAUGGCCUGGAAGCAGCCAGUUGCAUCAAAUGUCUGCAGAAGAAGGUUAUGAAUCAAGAGUUUGCAGUGACUCUGAAGAAUCUUCAGAUUUUGAUUCCUCUCUAGAACUGUCAUCUGAUCUCCACAUUCUGAAAUACCAUGGUAUAAAACCACUACAUGAAGAAGAGGAGGAUGUGGAGGAAGAUGAGGUAGAAAGAGAAAAUGUUAAAGAAUAUAAAGACAUUCUGAAAUACCAUGGUAUAAAACCACUACAUGAAGAAGAGGAGGAUGUGGAGGAAGAUGAAGAAGAAAGAGAAAAUGUUAAAGAAUAUAAAGAAAUUGAUAGUUGUGAAGUUGGAGAAAGAGGGUGUUGUGAUGGGGGAAAUAAUGACACAAACAGUAUUUCUGAAGCUUCUGACUCUGCUAACACAGAAAGUCAAGGAUACAAAAUUAGCUGGUCAAGUGAUUCACUUGAUGCUCUGGAGGAAGAUGAUCUAGAAACAUGUUCUUCAAGCCGUCCAGAUUUUUUACAGUUUUUCACGCCCAAUUUUAAAGAUAUGGCCAUAGACAAUAAUGGUGUUUUUAAUGGAUGUCCAGAACUAAAAGUUAGUGGUGAUGGAAGAAUAGAAUCUGAUCCACUGGUUUGUUUUCUGCAGUUGUCAAACUGCAGGGAAAUUUCUGAUUUACCAAGAGGCACAGAAUACCAAGAAGACAAUGAACUACAAGGCAUUUCUGUUGGAUGUCAACUAAUAGAAAACAGGUCAAUGGAAUAUUACAGCUUAUGCUCUAAUGUAUCACCAGCUAGCAGUGUGGACAAAUAUAUUUCCAGUAGUCCAGAGAGUAAUUCUGUGAGAAAUCAAACAUCAGACGCAAAGGGACUCAUGUAUAUUCAUGGCCUAAGCAAUGAGGUAGAAAUUCUUAUGUUAGAUCCACCACCUGGCUUUGGUGACAGUAGAUCAGAAGAAGAGUUUUUUGAUGUCACAGAUCGAUUUACUCUACCAAAAACAUAUCCAGGUUUAAAAUCCAAUUUUGAAGACACGAAAUUCUCAUAUCCAGACAAUGUAGUAUUAAAAGACUCAAAGGCAACAGAAAAACUCCAGAAAAAGCAGCCAUUUUCAAAAAAGGCUGACAAAGUUUUAAGAAAGAGGCGAUCUUUCUUACAGACUGACUAUACUUCUCAGGUCACAUUUCCUUUAUCACCUUCCAGCUCACUGGAAACUAUGGAUCAUGUAUGUUGUUAUGAAAAAGGGUCUCACAUGUCUCACUCUCCAACUGUUUCCUCUUUAAAGGAUACUGAAGGGGAACCUGCUUUACUAGAAACAAAACCACUUGCCCAGCAUAAAUCAACAGCAAAAACAAAAAGUAGAACACAUUCUCCAAAGUUAAUGGAAAUGGAGCCUGACACCAUGGAAAUUAAAUCUGUGACUGAUUCAGUUGUAUCUUGCAUUUCUGCUUUUCGUUAUAGAUAUGAUGAAAACAUGCAAGACAGAAAACAGUCAGAAAAAAUCUAUCUACUUGAUAGUUGUAAUGGAGAGCAUUCCCCUAAAGAGAACACAGCUGAACACAAUGAUCGGACUAGUCCUCCCCAAAUAUCCCUGCAGAUGGACAAUAUAAACAUCAAUGGCCAAAUUGAUCUUUGCUUGGAAAAGUUUAAUUUUGACACUAGCAGUUCAACAGACUUUUUAAAUAAAGGUAAUGUAGAAGACUUUGAGUCAGAAAUUACAACUACAUUUAAAAAUAUAUUUCAAGACAGAGACCAACAAGAAAGCCAGGAUGAAUGUUGUAGUUCAGAACCUUAUAUAGUUCCUUUGGGCAGACAGUCAUUGUACAUUGCUAGAUUGGAACAUGAACCAGUCUCCCCUAUACUCACUGAGCAAAAAUUUGAAAUGAAUGGACUAAAAUUACACAAAAACAAUAUGGUUAAUGAUGGAAAUGAUUUUCAGGCAAGUAAUACUGAAACACAAAACGACCUCCAAGCCGCCAAUGUAUUAUCUGAUUUAUUGAACAGACAUAAUUCAGCUUUUUGUCAAGUAGGUUCCUUGUAUGGUAGAGAAUCAUCACCAACAUUCACUGAAGCACCUACUAUGGGAAAUAAGGACACACCUGGUAAUUGUGCAGUUCUGUUGUUGCCAACCUGUACAUCACCAGGAAAGCAGAAUUCUCUCAAAUUGUGUUAUGUUGAGGAAGAGGGGCAGCAUGGGAAUGUUGGUGCAACAGACUUAAGACACAAUGACAAUUUAAUAAGUUACGAUUCAUCCUUUGUAGAAAAGGGGUGUCAUGAACUGAAACAUUUAGAGAAAAGGCCAGUGGUUUCUAAAGUUGCUAACUGCAGCUGCCAGUUGUCUUAUACGAGUUGUUUUCGUGGUGGAGAGACUGAGACAGAUGAUGAAACUAUUGGUAAUGGGGUAACUGUGUCAGCGUCACCAAGGACGAGACCUCCUGCAUCAUGUAAUGUACGGUGUGUUGAAGGGGACAGCACUAGUAACAACACUGUCUGUUCAGAACAAAGUGAAAUAUUUAACCAUUUAAAAGACAGAGCAUAUGAUGCUCAGACUGGUUUUGACAAAUUACAAGACAGUGUGUUGGACCUUCAAAAGAAAACCAAAGAAAACCAAAACAAUACAAGGGUGCAUUCAUUAGAUAAUUGCUUGGCCAUUUUUACAGAACAAAAGUCAUCUCUUUGCAGUGUCUCUCAGAAUCUUGUAUCUAGCUCUCAGAAGGUUCUAAGAUUGGACCAGCCAUCAGAAGAAAAGUACAAAGACAUGACAGAAACUUUUUUCAGCCUUCUUCAGAUAACAGAAAUGUGCUUACAAUUUUCAAGAUGCAAUCAAUGCAACAAAAGGCAAAAUGAUGUCCAGUCAAACCUUCGGGAUCUUAUAUGCACCCAUCGUCAGUUUGUUCAGGCUGCCAAACAGGCUGUACAGUGCAAUAGUCCAGACUUGCAUUUGAAACUCUUGUCUCGGCAGUGCACGUCUCUUACUGCAGCUGUAUUUUGUUUAACUGGGCAGUUUAGAACAGUAAUAUCUUCUUGAAAUGAACAUAUAUAGUUACAUAGUUAAAUCUGGUUGAAAAAAGACAAAGGCCAUAAAGUUUAACCCCAUAUGAAACCCAGCAUCCAUAUACACCCCUCCAUACCCUCACAUAAAUGAUAUAUACCCAUAUCUAUACGAACUAUAGAAUUCAGUAUCUCAACAGCCUUUGAUAUCAUGUAUGUCCAAGGAUUCAUCCAAGCCACUCUUAAAAGCAUUAACAGAAUCAGCCAUCACAACAUCACCCGGCAGUGCAUUUCACAACCUCAC